UCACGUUUGUCAAAAAAGAUCAAUCUUAUCAUUAAUUCCACGUUUUUAGAGCCCUGUAAUUGGAUGAUAAGUGUUAGCUAAGCGUUGAUUAACUUCCGUCAGCCAGUUUAUGUCACAGUUGGGUCUCGUUUCACAGCUGCGCGCGAGUUUCACAGCUAAUUCGUCUACAGUGAAAGUGGUUUUGCAAUUAAGCUGCGGCGCUUUCAUUCACUCAAGUUCUUUCCUUUCGCUGUGGAACUGCGAGAUUUUCAGUAACUGUAAAAUGGAGCAGCCGAAGAAAGAAGAGAAACCCAAAGUCGAGCCCUGCGAUCCACCGACUUCAACGGUUCCCGAAUCAAACAACUCUACCGAGGUACCUCGCGGCUCUGCAAAUCGUAAAGAGAGAAAGCGAACCCUAACCAUGAACUCCGCGUUUGCUGAACUUCGUGACCAUAUCCCCAAUGUUCCAUCUGACACGAAGUUGUCGAAAAUCAAAACAUUGAGGCUCGCCAUCAGCUAUAUCAAGUUUUUAAUGGAAAUUCUCGAGGAGAGCAACGAUGGAAAACCAGGUCGAAGUCAUCGCAACUUUGUGGCAGAUUUGGCUUUCCAGAAUGAGGGACGCGAAAAGAGGAAAAGAGAAAGCAUUCCUGCAGGUCCAAACGACUCGUCCCAAAGGAAGCGAGGCCGGACUGGAUGGCCACAAUAUGUUUGGGCAAUGGAGCUGAGGAACUGAAGUCCUCCUUCACUAAAUCUCGAUUCACCAUCUACAGAUUGCGCUUUUCCGCACCACGUUUACUACGUGUGAUCUUACGAAAUCGCGACCGACGUGCUCACAACAUGACGGCAGUGGCGCAUCCGAAAUUUUUACGAGCUAGCUUCGCCUGUUGACUGUGGGACGCUAGAAAAAAACACUGUUCGUUGUCGCUUUGCCGAACAUUCAUCGUUUCACAAUUGCAAGUUAUUUGGUAGCUCUUGAAUUCUGUUGUUCUACAUAUGUUAAGACUUAUACGUGGACACAAUACGUGGGUGUAAAAACUGUAAGUGUGAUGGGAAAUGUUCUUCUCCUACGGCGAGCCACUGACGGUCUCAAUGUACAUUUAAACGAUCGGUGAGUGAAGUUGUUAGCUUUUUUUGUGGUGAUCGAUGUUCGAUACACUGAACACUGUUAAAUUAGUUCGUGAUCGCUGGAAAAGGCAACGCAAAAUCGUCAAAAUUUCAAAGACCACUUGAUGAAGAUAACUCAAUGCUGAUCUUAAAAGGCAUUCUACUAUACUUAAGUAUCUUGUAGUGCCCUUUGUUAUGUUGCUCUUACUAGUUAGCUCUUCAAAACACGCUGAGUUCGUAUUUGAGCUACACAACCGACGAUAAACCACAUUUUUUUAAGACAACUUAUGUACUUUGCAAAUGAAUAGCCGUUGCAAUUUGUAUAAUAGCGAGUCUUCCACCAAGAGCUCAGCUGUAGAUGAUAUCUAAGAGCCCUGAAAAUCUUUUGUUGAUUGUUUAAACAAGUUGGUCAAACUGAUGGGAAACUCUGAGUUAAUGGAUUAAACAAAAAUAGCGUUAGAUUAUUUAUUGUUUAUAUUGUUAGAUUGCACUCAAAGUUGUGUAUAUUUUUACAAUUUCUUUGUAAUGCUGUCUCAGUCACUUUAAACUGAGAGGUAUUCAGAAAUGUCUGACUUAGUUGUCCAUAUGCGAAACAUUAUUAAAACGAAAUUAUUCCCAAUUUUUUCUUUUGAAUCUCUUCUAAUCACUUUCUCUUCAAUUUUCUUUUAAUUAUACGUCCGAUGUUUAUAUUUUUCGUAACCGGGAAGCCAAAUAUCAUUGUUAAAAUAUCUUUCAACUUUUAUUGCACAACAUUUGGGGCUCCAUUUUGAACACAAUUUACCAAUACAUCUGCUGCAAGCACGUACUUACAGCAAGCCUUUUAGAUUUUCGACUUUUGUGGUUUGUGGUUGAAAGCGAGCCGGAUUUCACGUAAAUAAGGCAGCUAAAGCUAAAGUUUAGUUCAAUCCCAGUGUGCAACACCUCUUACUGUGUGGGAGGGUCCAAAAUAACAAAAUGGCCCCCUUUGACUUCACUGGAGAAGGCUACCCAGGUUAAUAAACGAUCGAGCUCUUUCAUCUGCACUUUUCGAUGAAAACCUGAAGACAAGAGACCUGUUUGGUUCCCAUAUAAUUGUGAGACGGAACUGCAAAACGUCGACGCCAUAAAGAAGGGAUGUUCCUAAAAUAGUCCUAAAGAUAGAACAUAGAAAAAUAAUCGAGAAGAACUUUCCGACACGCCAUCAAGAAAUAUUGUGCAGUAAGGACGGUGUUGUGGUCAGGUUUUUACGUCGAUUUUGGAAGGAAGGCAUUCAAAUGUAUCAAUUUCUGUACACUAGUGCAUAUUCCUUCCCAGUCAAACUUUUAUGACACCUGUGUGGUUUAUGCUUGCGAUUUAAACCAAACCACAACGGCGCCUACAACAGGAACGUCGAUCAACCUAAAGGUUAUGAGCUUCACAUUGGCGCUGCACGUGCGUUAUACAUUUUGAUACAGUUUCGCACAGCCGUCCACUGCAAAACAACGACACCAAGUGAAUGAUGCAGUAACUUGUGAAAUACAAGAAGAAACGAACGUAUAUGGCCAUAUUCUUUAAGCUAAGGAUAGUUUUGACAUCGGGAAACAGGCUGAGUUGAUCCAGAUAACCACGAGAUAUAAAUUUAGUGUAUAUAUAUUUUAGAUACAAACAUCAUCCCUGCUGUGAUCGUCUACUUUAAGUGAUAAUAUAAAAAACAAGCAUAACAUUUUAUUCGGCAGAGAGGUUGUCAGAAAAACACUUGUUAUCUUGAAGUUGGUACGCCAUUUCCCAAGAAAACUUACCAAAUUUCA